CCACAAAAAGGGUUCAAAUGGAAAUUCAAGUGUCCAUUGCGAGUGUAAUAAUUCAUCACGCCUCAGUCGCGUUGACGCACAAUGACGUGCACAUCUCAAACUCGCUUAAAACAGGAGCAGGUAAUAAAGUAAUCUGCUGUUUAUACGGUUUAUUGUCGGAGUGCGAGCGGUACGUGACCAGGGUUUGCAUGCAGAACGAUGAUUUAGACUUCGCUUUAAACUUACAGUGCCUCUCUCAAGACGCGAGAGGGGCGCGCAACCGACCGGUGUUCACUCACACACAUACGCUCGGAUCUAUGCAGUGAUAGUGACUCUGAGCGCGCGGGACAGUGAUGAUGUGUCAGCGGAGAUUAUUCGCCUUCUGAUCAUUUUACCGCUCCUGACGUUGGCAUUCCAGCAAGAACCGUUAAUGAAAUACUAAAGUGAGUUCUUUUAACCGGUUAUGGAGCAUUGUGGAGAGAAAAUGCCUCUGCUGAAGAAAGUGAGGACCGGAGUCGUGUCGAGGGCAGUGUUCAAAUGAUGUGGGAUGUCUGGGUCUUCACUGAACUGUGCAUGAGAUCCUAUGGGAUCUACCUUUGAUUAAACACCUCAAUGCCCUAAACCCAAGGUAUCAGACUAACGCUAAGACGACCUGAGCUUUGCCCAACCCUUUUGAUUAACUUUCCUCUUCAAUGCCAUCAUGCCAAUCAUCAGCAACGCCAAUCAUGACUUCAGCAACCUCUCGGCCAGUGAUGACAGCAGCUUGGACCACAUUUUUACAGAGAUCCCGGAAACUGAGACCGUCAAGGGAGUGUAUUAUCAGCGCGCUCAGUUCAUUCGCCGACCGGAAGAUCUGCUUUCGGUGGACCACGGAGUGCAGGCCCUCAUCAAUGUGGGGGGCAACCGUUACACCUUCCCUUGGAGUACGUUGGAGCAGUUCCCCCUGACGCGUUUAGGACGUCUCAAACCCUGCAGCAGUCCCGAGGAGAUCGCUUGUGUUUGUGAUGAUUACGAUGAGACACGCCGUGAAUUUUUCUUUGACCGUAGCCCCAGUGCUUUCCGUGUAAUCCUCAACUUCCUGGCAGCAGGAAAGCUACGUUUGUUACGUGAGAUGUGUGCGCUCUCGCUGCAUGAGGAGCUCAACUAUUGGGGCGUAGAGAUGGCCUACAUGGAACGCUGCUGCAAGCGCAAGAUGUACACUCGCAUUGAGGAGGUCGCCGAGCUCGAGCGGCGGGAGGAGGAGCGCCGUCAACACAGAAUGCAGCUGCGCCCUCCUGUCGAGGAGACACGUUACCGAAAGUUGAUGAACCGUUUGAGGGACAUGGUGGAGAACCCUCAGUCGGGUAUGCCGGGAAAGGUGUUCGCCUGUUUGUCUGUGUUGAUGGUGGCAGUGACAGUGAUCAGCCUGUGCAUCAGCACCAUGCCGGACCUCAGAGAGGAAGAAAAUAGGGGUGUGUGUUCCCAGAAAUGCUACCACAUGUUUAUCGUCGAGACGGUUUGUGUGGCCUGGUUCUCCCUAGAGUUUCUGCUACGGUUCAUGCAGGCACGCAGCAAGCUGGAGUUCCUCCGAGGACCCUUGAACAUCAUCGACGUCAUGGCCAUCCUUCCCUACUACGUGUCUCUGGUAGUGGAUGAGAGCCCCACCAAUGAACAUGAGCGACCCUCUGGAGGUAAGGGCUACCUGGACAAGCUCGGGCUGGUCCUGCGUAUCCUGCGUGCCCUUCGGAUCCUGUAUGUGAUGCGGCUGGCCCGCCACUCUCUGGGCUUGCAGACGCUGGGGAUGACGGUGCGGCGGAGCACGCGCGAAUUCGGCCUGCUGCUGCUCUUUCUCUGCGUAGCCGUGACGCUCUUUUCACCUCUGGUGCACCUGGCGGAAAGCGAGCUGACCGGAGUGCAGGAUUUCAGCAGCAUUCCCGCCUCUUACUGGUGGGCUAUCAUCUCCAUGACUACAGUGGGUUAUGGGGAUAUGGUACCUAGAAGCAUACCUGGUCAGGUGGUGGCACUCAGCAGCAUCUUGAGUGGGAUCCUAAUCAUGGCCUUCCCAGCCACUUCCAUCUUCCACAUGUUUUCCCGCUCCUACCAAGAGCUGAAACAGGAGCACGACAGGCUCUUUAAAGAGGAGUGUGCGGCAGCCGCAGCGGCUACCACAGGACCCGAUGACGAACAGGAUGGAGGAUGGGUGGCCUUUCCUCCUCCCCGACUAGUUCUUACUCCAGACACUGAAACGCCUGGCUCCCUUGAAGACCUUUCUCUUCUCGGGAAUGGUGGAGAGACUUCUGGGAAUAACAAGCACCCGUUACCAGCUGGAGCCUUUUAAGUGAUGCACACGCAUUGUACUCUUCUCUAGAUCAAACUUGUUCUUCCAUGCCCUCAUAAUGAACCCUCUUGCAGUGGACAGGGUGAAGUUAAAGGGCCUUGAAGCUAUUUUGUCUUCCAUCAGCCACAAGCUGAUUAUGUCUCAUUAAAGUACUAAUUCCUUCAUAUUCACACUGUGGACUUGUCAGAUUUAGCACUCCAUGAAAAUCCAUGCAAUAGAAGUAAAAAAUAAAGCUAGAUAGUUUAACUUUAAAGCCUUGUUCCACACAGUUAGACAUACAGCAGAGAAAUUUAGGUUCCUCACAUUAACUGUCUACAUUUUUUUUUAACAAAUCCAAAGAUAUGCUUUUUUUGUUGACUGCUUCAGGUUCAAGAAUUGCUCUUCCAGAGAAUGUGCACUUGAAAUGUCCUGCACCGGUUUGGGACAGACAUGCUCUUGUACAGCUCCAAAUAAAAACAGCAGUAAUCUCAAUGUCCUGUCCUGUUUUUUAGGGUUCAUAGAAGGAUUCUCUAAUCCGCUUCUUUGAAACGCUCAAUCAUUAGACACAGUCACCCUGUUCUCUUCUCUUCAUUUUACGAAACAGC